GCUGUCCUGGGAGGCUGAGGCGAGAGGGAGCUACCCGGGUGGGGACCCCGCACUACCUUUCUCUUCCUCCUCCUCCUCCCGGUGAGGGGAGCGAAGGUUGGGGCCCCCGAGCCCAUGGACCGGGAAGAGGCGGAGGCCGCCGAGAGCCGGGGCCCCGCUCUGUGGCCCUGAGCCCCGUGUACUGGUUCCUCCUGUCGGGAAGGCCAUGGAGAAGAGGCUGGGAGUCAAGCCAAGUCCUGCUUCCUGGAUUUUAUCAGAGUAUUGUUGGCAGACAUCAGUGAAGUGGUUGAGAAGCCUGUACCUGUUUUAUACUUGCUUCUGCUUCAGUGUUCUGUGGUUGUCAACAGAUGCCAGUGAGAGCAGGUGCCAGCAGGGGAAGACAGAAUUUGGAGUUGGCCUGAGAUCUGGGGGAGGAAAUCACCUCUGGCUUCUUGAAGGAACUCCCUCUCUCCAGUCAUGUUGGGCUGCCUGCUGCCAGGAUGCUGCUUGCCAUGGCUUUUGGUGGCUAGAAGGGAUGUGCAUUCAGGCAGACUGCAGCAGGCCCCAGAGCUGCCGGGCUGUUAAGACAGACUCUUCCAACUCCAUGCUGGUGUUUUUAAAAAAAUUUCAAACUGCAGAUGAUUUGAGUUUUCCACCUGAAGAUAAAGUACCACAUAUUCUGGGGCUAGGUUGGAGUAGGGCAUUAUGGAGGAGACAGAACCCACCCAGAGCUCCAGUCACACCUGCUGUAUCUUCCAGUGAUGAGCAGAGAGUAAUCAGGAAACUUCAGAAAAGAGAACAUCUCAGUGAAGAAGUAGUUGCACCUAUAGUAACACAGCAUUCUAAAGUGAAUGACUCCAAGGAACUGGGUGAUCUGACUGCCAGUGACUCUGCAAAGGUCGACAAGGCAGUUACAGUCUCCAGUCCCUUAACCACAGGCAUGACUGCAGAGAUUCCUGAUUGGCCAAAGAAUGUAUCGAUCCAACCUGAAGCAUCAGAGGAUCCCGGUACUCUGCCCAGCACUCAGCAAGUAAAAAGUCUUGAGAAAAUUCAGGUUGCUACCCCUCUGCCUGUGGCUCCCUCCUACAGUUAUGCUACCCCCAGCCCCCGGGCCUCUUUCCAGAGCACCUCAGCACCAUACCCAGUUAUAAAAGAACUGGUGGUAUCUGCUGGAGAGAGUGUCCAGAUAACCCUGCCUAAGAAUGAAGUUCAGUUAAACGCAUAUGUUCUCCCAGAACCACCUGAAGGAGAAACCUACACCUACGACUGGCAGCUGAUUACUCAUCCUAAAGACUAUAGUGGAGAAAUGGAAGGGAAACAUUCCCAGAUCCUCAAACUAUCCAAGCUCACUCCAGGCUUGUAUGAAUUCAAAGUGAUUGUAGAUGGUCAAAAUGCCCAUGGGGAAGGCUACGUGAAUGUGACAGUAAAGCCAGAGCCCCGCAAGAAUCGGCCUCCUGUUGCUAUUGUGUCACCUCAGUUCCAGGAGAUCUCUCUGCCAACCACUUCUACAGUCAUUGAUGGCAGCCAAAGCACUGAUGAUGAUAAAAUCGUCCAGUACCAUUGGGAGGAACUUAAGGGGCCUCUGAGAGAAGAGAAGAUUUCUGAAGAUACAGCCAUAUUAAAACUAAGUAAACUUGUCCCUGGGAACUACACUUUCAGCUUGACUGUAGUGGACUCUGAUGGAGCUACCAACUCCACCACUGCAAGCCUGACAGUGAACAAAGCUGUGGAUUACCCCCCUGUGGCCAACGCAGGCCCCAACCAAGUGAUCACUCUGCCCCAAAACUCCAUCACCCUCUUCGGGAACCAGAGCACCGAUGAUCAUGGCAUCACCAGCUAUGAGUGGUCACUCAGCCCUAGCAGCAAAGGGAAAGUGGUGGAGAUGCAGGGUGUUAGAACACCAAUCCUGCAGCUCUCUGCAAUGCAAGAAGGAGACUACACUUACCAACUCACAGUGACUGACACAAUAGGACAACAGGCCACUGCUCAAGUGACUGUUAUUGUGCAGCCUGAAAACAACAAGCCUCCUCAGGCGGAUGCAGGCCCAGAUAAAGAGCUGACCCUUCCUGUGGACAGUACAACCCUGGAUGGCAGCAAAAGCUCAGAUGAUCAGAAAAUUAUCUCAUAUCUCUGGGAAAAAACACACGGACCUGAUGGCGUGCAGCUCGACAAUGCUAACAGCAGCAUUGUUACUGUGACCGGGCUGCAAGUGGGGACCUAUGUGUUCACCUUGACUGUCAAAGAUGAGAGGAACUUACAAAGCCAGAGCUCUGUGAAUGUCAUUGUCAAAGAAGAAAUUAACAAACCACCUAUAGCCAAGAUAACUGGGAAUGUGGUGAUUACCUUGCCCAUGAACACAGCAGAGUUGGAUGGCUCCAAGUCCUCAGAUGACAAGGCAAUAGUCAGCUACCUCUGGACUCGAGAUGAGGGGAGUCCGGCAGCAGGGGAGGUGUUAAAUCAUUCUGACCAUCAUCCUAUCCUCUUUCUUUCCAAUCUGGUCGAGGGAACCUACACAUUUCACCUGAAAGUGACUGAUGCAAAGGGUGAGAGUGACACAGACCGGACCACUGUGGAGGUGAAACCUGAUCCCAGGAAAAACAACCUGGUGGAGAUCAUCUUGGAUGUCAACGUCAGUCAGCUAACUGAGAGGCUGAAGGGGAUGUUCAUCCGCCAGAUUGGGGUCCUCCUGGGGGUGCUGGAUUCCGACAUCAUUGUGCAAAAGAUUCAGCCGUACACGGAGCAGAGCACCAAGAUGGUAUUUUUUAUUCAAAACGAGCCUCCCCACCAGAUCUUCAAAGGCCAUGAGGUGGCAGCAAUGCUCAAGAGUGAGCUGCGGAAACAAAAGGCAGACUUUCUGAUUUUUGGAGCCCUGGAAAUCAGUACUGUCACGUGUCAGUUGAACUGUUCUGACCAUGGCCACUGUGAUUCAUUCACCAAACGUUGUAUCUGUGACCCUUUUUGGAUGGAGAAUUUCAUCAAGGUGCAGCUGAGGGAUGGAGACAGCAACUGUGAGUGGAGCGUCUUAUAUGUUAUCAUUGCUACCUUUGUCAUUGUUGUUGCCUUGGGAAUCCUGUCAUGGACUGUGGUCUGUUGUUGUAAGAGGCAAAAAGGAAAACCCAAGAGGAAAAGCAAGUACAAGAUCCUGGAUGCCACAGAUCAGGAAAGCCUGGAGCUGAAGCCAACCUCCCGAGCAGGCAUCAAACUGAAAGGCCCCAUGCUGAGCAGCAGCCUAAUGCACUCCGAGUCAGAGCUGGACAGCGAUGACGCCAUCUUCACGUGGCCAGACCGAGAGAAGGGCAAGCUCCUGCAUGGGCAGAAUGGCUCCAUGCCCAAUGGGCAGACCCCACUCAAGGCCAGGAGCCCACGGGAGGAGAUCUUGUAGCCCUCUGGUCUGUCUCCUCAGGAUAAGGGGUUGGCAGUGUCAGGGCCCAGAGCAAUGCCAAGCUGGUUCUCCUACCUCCCAAGUCUGCGGGCAGCUGCUCUCCCGGCAUCCGCUGGUAACUCCACCCCAACACCCCAACCAGAACUGCUGGUACUUGAAUCCAAUCAUUCUCCAGGAACCCCUGAACGAAGCUGUGAAUGAAGAGGUUUCUUCUUUAACCCUGUCUGGUAGGCCCCCAAAAUAUGUACCCUCACCUCAGGGCCUCCUUUUUCACACACUCCCCUGCCCCAAGGGUGGACACAGCCAACUCCUGGCCUCCUCUCUGGCUCCUAUUAACAGUGUCGCUGCUCCCAGAGUGCUGUGUGGCAAGGCCUGCUGUGCUUUCCCCCAACCCCGCACACACACCUGGGCAUGGAAGGAAGCACCACCAGCCUCCUAGCUCCAAAGAGCCUGACUGUGGCCGUGUUCUUUGUUCUCUUCUCUGGGGUAGAGUGUGCCUUCUUGGUAGGCCAAGAAGAAGUGGCCUCCCCUCCCCUCGCCAUGGAUGCUGGGAAGGUAGUGCAGAAACGAUGUCUGGCCCCCCUUAGCACUGGAGCCCCCCUCCCUUCUCCCUCUCCUGUCUGGCCUGAGAUUAGGGGAGGGCUGGCUGUUUCAGGGAUGGCUGCUGGGGCUGUCGGAGCAGCCAGGCUGGACACAGACAGCCUCCCUUCCUCUUCCUCUGACCAGGACUUGCUGCUUCAGGGCUCAGGCCACCACUCUGUUCCCAGAGGAGAUGACCAUGAACAGACUAGAAUGUUGAGGCAUGACAGAGAGUGUUUGCGACUGCCCCAUUGUGGUCCCUCUCUGCCGCUCAUCUGUCCCUUGCACAUGUGAGCGAGAGUGAGCGUGUGUGCAUUAACUCCUCAUAGGGCUCUUGGCUGCUUACAAGGCAACCUUGACGUGUACUGACUUUCAGCUCCUUGGAACAGAGACUUCCUGAAUCCCUCUGGCCCUGUCACUGGUUCCUCAGCCAUGGGGUCUAGGUGUUGAGGAAUGGGAGCUUUGGGGGAAUGACUUUUUAAAAAGAAACUUACAGUUUCUACUACUGCACUACUGUCUGUUGUGAGAUGAUUAAACCUGCUAUUUAACUGUG